AUGGAGUCUCGCGCCGGCCCCAGCAUGGCUGCACCGAACCCCGCAGCGCCGGCCUCACCGGAAUGCUCGCCGGCGAUGGACUGGAUACUCACGGGCCCGGCGCCGCCCAUGAUAGGUGAAGAUGACGACUUCGCGGCCGCCCUUGCUCCGCCCCUACUACCGCUCUUCUGCCCCGUACACGGGUACAGGCCGUGCCCGGCGAGUGACGGCACGGCGCCACUCCUCCCAUCUCCGACUCCUCCUGCGCCGGGCGCCGAAGCCGCUCCACUGGUCGCGGACGCCGGGCCUCCGGCCGCCGACUCCGCUCCACCUCCGGCCUCCAACUUCGUUCCUCCGGCCGAUGAAGAUGACGGCGAGGUCGUCGACGACGUCCACCCGGAGGCGAGGCGCCUCCUCCGCAAGUUUGCGGCCGCCAUGGCCGCUCACCGCGAUGGGCCGGCCGGCGGCGGUUGGAAUCCGGCCGCCCUCGGUUUCUCCUCCUCCAACGAGGGGGGGCUCCCCUACUCCAUCUAA